AUGUCAGCUGAGCAAAUUCCACUCCAGCUCAUGCCGCAGCAGUUGCGAGCUAGAGAUGGAGACGAUUGGACCGGCAUCACUGAUCCCAAGGAGCGGAAAAGACUGCAAGAUCGGAUGAAUCAAAGAGCUAGACGUCAACGAAGAAAGGCCAGAUCUCUGCCUUAUCCGGAACCAGCCACAAGAGAGCAUCAUCCACAAACUUCACUCAUCAAUUUGCAGAUUGUUACCUGUAAUCAACACAAACUCUGGCACAACCUCCCGCCUUGUUUCCCACGCAACCUAAGCUUCUUUACCGCCUGUCAACCGGAUUCUGAGGAGACGCGGCAGUUGAUCCAUCAGUUUUCAUCUUGGAUAUUGCAGCGCUACCUGCGGGGGUGCCUAGAUACAGAAACACUCCCGAGCCUAGUUCAGUUUAAUACCUCGCGGGCUCUGGUGGUUAACGCCCAGAUCCUCGGGUACACGACUUCGCGCAUGUCACCCAGCGCGCGGUCUCACUUCACUGCAGUGGAUGUCGCCGAGCCCGUGUUCAACACCCUGCCAGCCAGUCUUAGGCCCACGGCUCUCCAGCGCGAGGUCCCCCACCAUCCUUGGAUUGACGUCUUGCCGGUGGCUGAACUUCGUGACAAUCUGAUGCGUCAAGAUGAGUCUACCUACGAUGCCGCGCAGCUUUGUGGCGACAUGCGCGGGUUUCAAUCUGUGAGUACUGGGCAUGGGGGCGUCCUUGUAUGGGGGGAUCCCUGGGAUCCGGAAGGCUGGGAAGUGACCGAGGCGUUUGCACAGAAGUGGCCAUGGGUAGUUCAGGAUAGUUGUAGCUUGCUUCGAUCGACCAACUACUGGCGCGCAAAACGCGGUGAGCCUGCUCUUUACUUGCCGGGCUAUUCAUUAGCAGAGUCUGGACAGCAUCCGCGCGUUCGAGACAUUGAAGAGGACCUGGCACUGCCGCAUAGAUGA